UCCCACUUCCCUAACUGAGGAUGCUUAACGUCACUCAGCAAACAUUCAUUGGGCACCUGCUGAGUGCCUGGCUGGACUAAGUGCCAGAAUCAGGAGAAGGCGCUGAGCUCUUUCAGGUGCAUAUCCAGCAUCGCCCAGCCUCACCCAUUCCGGAGCCAGAGUCAGGAGAAGGCGCUGAGCUCUUUCAGGUGCACAUCCAGCAUCGCCCAGCCUCACCCAUUCCGGAGCCAGAGGUGUGUGCGCAGCACUCGAAUGUACACACACACACACACACACACACACACACACACACACACAUACACACCCUCUGCGCGGCUUUUCUGAGUGUUACGGCGCCCUCCUCCCGCCCCCACAGAGCGCGGGCGGGGACCCACCGGUUCCGCUCUGCACUAGCUGCUGUGAAAGGAGGACCCCUGGGAGCGGGAUCCCGGCGUCCGGUCGCCCAACCCUGUUCAGGCUUAGGCCCGCAUGGAGGGGACUGCGGAGUCCCAGACGCCUGACCUGCGAGACGUGGAGGGCAAGGUGGGCAGGAAGACCCCUGAAGGGCUGCUCCGCGGGCUGCGAGGCGAGUGGGAGCCGGGAACCUCUGGCGCCCUGCUGCUCCCGGGGGCGCCUAGCACUGGCCACAGCCUGGGGGACAAGAUCAUGGCGCUGAGGAUGGAGCUGGCUUACCUGCGAGCCAUCGAUGUGAAGAUCCUACAGCAGCUGGUGACCUUGAACGAGGGCAUUGAGGCAGUGCGCUGGCUGUUGGAGGAGCGGGGGACAUUGACCAGCCACUGCAGCAGCCUCACCAGCAGCCAAUAUAGCCUGACAGGCGGGAGCCCAGGCCGUUCAAGGCGAGGCAGCUGGGACAGCCUGCCAGACACCAGCUCCACUGACCGACUGGACAGUGUCUCCAUUGGCAGCUUCCUGGACACAGUGGCCCCCAGCGAGCUGGAUGAACAGGGCCCCCCCGGGGCUCCCCGUCCUGAGAUGGACUGGGCAAAGGCUAUACCCGGCGGGGAGAGGGCCAGGACUGAGGUGGACCUGACAGCCACCAGGCUAGGAAGCUUGAGGGCUGUGUGGAAGCCCCCAGGGGAGGGGCUCCAAGGUGGACCUCCUGAGCCACCAGAGGAUGAGAGUACCAAGCUGGGCUUUGAGACCCACUGGUACUGGGGCCAGUGCCAGGAUGAUGUGACCUUCCUGUAACAACUCUUCCACCCUUUUGUACUCCUAUGGCUCUUUCAUCGCUAGGCCCUGGUCUCACUCAAAUUUAUUCUCCCUCAAUCUGGGAUUAGGAAGAGGCUGCAUUGAAAUCAGUUACCAUGGAAACCUGACCUCACCAUCUCUCUGAUCCCUGGGGAGGCUCUGCCUUUAUCCUUCAAUUAUUGGGUCCCUAGAGCUAUUUUCAUGGAUACAUUGACUCUAGAGGCUUGACCUGUGGCUCCAGGUGUGAUGGUAUCUCUUCCCCUUUCCUCCCAACUGGGAUUUGAUGGUUUAGCAUCCCUGCGAGAUCACUGAUGAAGAGAUGGGGGUAUAAUUGCCUCACCCAACAUCUAGCAGCCUUGGCUCCCCUCUUGGCCAAGAUGGAGGAUUGUGGAGGGUCAUGGACAUUCAAGGCCAACCCUCCAUGGAUUGGCCCUCCCAGAAGCCUUUGGGGUUGGUAGAGCCACCCCUUCCUGUCUGGUGAGUGAUGUCAUUUCCUGCCAGGAUGGAUUAGCCUUUCUGUACCAGUCUUUUAGUGAUGAUAGGUCAGUAUAGGGGUGUCUGAGCCCCUGCUGCUAAGUGAGACCAUAUCAGUUAUUCUCCCUACCAUUACUUCUUGUGAAUGGGAACAUGCCACCCUCCUCGCAGGAAGGUUUCUCAGUCAGAUGUUUGUACUUCUUCUCAGAGAGGUUCUUAGUAUUUAAACAGGGAGUUCUCAUUUUAUCCUAGGGAUUCUCACUUCCUCUCUGACCACACGCCUGUCUGCUGCCAGCAUUCCUAUAUCUGUGCUUUUAGGGAGGAAACUGGCAGGAGCCUCCACCUACAGCUCUCAAAAGUCUGCUUGGCCUGCCCUGCCACAGUCCCCUGUCUUACUCUGUCCCUGGGUUGCCCCCAUUCUUGUAUUCUGGCUCCAAAUCUGUCCGCCAGGAGGUUCAGCCUUUGUGUCUCCACACCUUCUCGGUUUCCACUUUGGGCCUCAGACCUUUUAUAUGCAGAUGAGUCCCUCAGCCUUCUCUCUCCAACGCUGAUGGGAGCCAGAGGGAGGAGAAGCUUGGGGUGUACCAGAAUCUCCAAAAGGGGGAGGUAUCUUCUCAGAUCUUGUGAUUCCCCUGCCCCCAUCCUGCCCCAGACCUUCCACCAUUUGGUUACUAGGAUGCCAGCCUGAGGCCAGGACACAAGGAAUCCCCUUGUCUAGGUUACAAUGGGGGGUGUGGCAGAGAAAGACAGAGGCUCUUUGGUCCUAGGGCCCACAUCCUGGGAGGGGGGAGAAUAGGAGGGAAAAGCUGCUUUCCUUCCUCCCUUAGAGCCAGCUUUAGACUCCCUGGACCUGCUGAGGGAGCAGGGCACUGGCUCUGGGCCUGGAUCCCAGGGCCCUAGUGAAUUACACCAAAGGAGGGACUCAGGGAACCUGCCAACCUGGGGCUCAGGGAAGGGACAGGCCCAGAGAGAGGGUGGGGACAAAGGCUGUGGCUGAUGUCAGAAUAUGAAUUAUUGGAGGUUAACCCUUUGAACCCCAGGUAACUGCCCCUAUGUUGGUCCCUGUCUUUCCUGGGCCCUGAAACUAGAUUAUUGGAAGGCAAAAAGGAGAAAAAAGGAUGUCAGGUGAGCCUUGCCUAUUUGCUGUGCCCUCGUGAGUUGGAGGAGUCUUCCUCAAAUCCUGGAAUAACUCCUGCAAUUUCUCUACUGUUCAUUCUAUGCUGAGGAAGGGACGGAAGCCAAGUUGAUUAUCUCCAGUUCCCCUAAACUCCUCAAGUCUGGUUCUGCAACCCCCCACCCCAAUCCUUUUGGGGCAAUACAUUUCCUCCUCUCCUCUCAAAGUGAUUGAAGUCUCUAAAGAAUAUCUGUAAGUCUCUUCUUUGCUGCCCACCAGCCCUCUCCUUACCCCUCUAGGUCUUGGGGCUCCUGACCUCCCCUUAGGCUGGGAAUUCAAAUACCCUUUCCCAAUACCCUGACUCUGUUGCCAUUUUGUGGUGACUUAUGGGUAACUACCUUUCCACUUGGAACUAUUGUAUUCCUUUUCAAAGCUUGCUUAUUCAUUUAAUCUAUAAACUUCUGAGCUGAAGAGGUUGUCCGCCCUCUUGUGACCAUUAUGCACCAUUGCUGGAAUAGCUGGGUGAAACCUUCAGGCUCAAAUAUAGCCUUAAAGAAGACCAGCCCUCUCAUUGCACAGACAGGUUAGAGAGACAGGCCUACAGAAGGCAGAGACUUUACCAGUGUCACCCAUGGUAAAUCUGUGACAAUGCUCAGGUUAAAGAACCUAGAUCGCCCGCCUGCCUGCCUGUCCACCCACAAUUCCAUCACUUGGCCAGACUGUUUCCCCACCCUACCCUGUCACCACCCAAGCCCAAAGGAUCUGAAAGCAAUUUUUUCCCUGUUUUAAUAGGUUCUUACCCCACCCUAGAGAGGCAGCUCGGUAUUUAGAGAAAGAGCCACAGGCUCUGAGGAAAGAGACCCUUGGACCAGGAUUGGGUAAAGGGUGCAUUAAUAUGGACCACAGAUAUAAGGAAGAUCAAUCUUGGACCAACUAUUUUUCUGGGAAGGUAGGGUGAGUAGGCCCAGACAUCAUGGGGGCAGAAUUCAACAUUCCAGACCUGGACGUGAGAAGCAGGGGAUAGGGGUGGGAGAUGAGAGAUAAAGAAAUCCAGUUGGGUCCUGUGGAGAUGGGGAGCUCCAAAGUCAGGGGAUUACAGCUCAGUUGGACUGGCAUCUGAGGGUAUUGAGGGGUUGCAGAGGUGGGUGAGUGGGGCUGCCUGGGAACUCCAGGUAGCCUGGACAUCCCGUCUCAAUACCUUAGACUCCAUUUCACUACUAGAGAGGCCCAGGAACCCUUGGCAAGCACACAUUCUUGGUCCCUCCUACCUGCCUCUGGACUGACUGUUUAAGGCUUAGCUCUCCUGUUAGUUUAGACCUUUCCGGGUUAUGAGGAGGACCUGUUUAGGAGCUCAAAAAAGAAAAGGGUGAAAAGGGAGAAAGAUGCAGAGAGACAAAAGAGAAUGGGAUGAAAAUGGAGGCUUGAAGAUACGAUCAGAGGGAGCAUACUAUCCUCCAAGUGGGCUGGGGACUUGUCAGGGCUCGGGGUAAAGGCAGAGAUGACAGAGCUCCUGGCAGCUGCAGAAACAGUGCCUGGGAGUAUAAGGGGUGGUGCUGGCUGGGAUGAGUCCACCGAGGAGAUGAGACCACGUGAAUGGGCAAGUGUAAGAGCCUGCAUUUAGGAUGGGGUGGUGAACUUGCGCACUGGACUGACUGGAAGCUCAGCGGCAGCUUAGGUGAGAAAUGCUUGCAUCUUGCGGAUGCAGGCUCACUCUGUGCAUGGUGCCAGGCACAUACUGGAUGUUCAGUGAUACCUGUUGAAUGAAUGGAGGAAUGAAUGUAAACCCACGAAGAGAUGUGACUUAUAAUUUAAAAAGUGGUUAAUUAGGUAGUAAUAGGUAAUUUAAAGUAUUAUUCCAUUUAAUUCUUAGCAACACUGUAAACAAUGCAUUAUUAACAGAUCAUAAGUGAGCUAUGGUAGGAACCUACGUCAGUCUGACUGCAGGGGCUUCCAGGAAGUCUUUUCUGAUUCCCCACUCCCCUCUCUCACAGACCUUACGCUUCUAGGAGAACAGGUUAUGCUGCCCAGCAGCAGGGCCAGUGUACAUGUUUCCUAUUGCUGCUGUGACAAACUUAACGGCUUAAAACAACACAAAUGUGUUAUCUUACAGUUCUGGAGGUCACAAGUCCGAAAUCAAUUUCAUUGGGUUAAGUUAAAAGUUAAGGUGUUGGCAGGCCUCUUCUGGAGUCUCUUCUGGAGACUCUAGGGGGCAAUCCAUUUAUUUGCCUUUUCUAGCUUCUGGAGGCCGUUUGCAUUCCUUGGCUCAUGGCCCCUUCCUCCAUCUUCAAAGCUAGCAGUAUAGUAUUUCUCCUCUCUGACCUCUGCUUCCAUUCUUACAUCUUUCUCUAAUUCUGUCUCCUCUUAGGAGGAUUACUUUGUGAUCAGAUAUCCUUGUGCUUACAUUGGGCCCACUGGGAUAAUCCAGGAUCAUCUCCCCAUCUCAAGAUCCCUAAUUUAACCAUAUCUUCCAAGUCCUUUUUGCCAUAUAAGGUAAAAUAUUCUCAGAUUCUGGGGAUUAGGACUUGAACAUCUUUGGAGGAAGGACCACUAUUCAGCCUUCCACAAACAGAGAUGGAGGGUGGGCAGGAGGAUGCAUCCACACCCAGAAGGAGCCUCUAUGCUUUGUCUAGCCUCCUUUGGCCUGGAGUGAGAGGUGGUGCCAAGGGGAGCUAGCCAGGCCCAGGCCCCAUGUCUGGAGAAUGGCAAAUGCCUCCUGCAUCUUCACUGCCAAGGAGAGCUGAGAGUGAAGGUCAGACUUGGGAGAAAUUCUCAGUUUAGGGAACUUUUCAGGACUGAGACGUCCCUGGUGAACAUGGUGGAGGGUUCUAACAGGCUCUAUCUUCAACACUGCCUCCUCUCCACGACCAUUCUGUGCUCCCCCUCAAGGCAGAAGAUAAUUACCAGCUAACUAGCCUGGGCUCUCUCUAGAAAGGGUAGAUUAGUUGUCUCUCUUUUAAAUUAUUAUCUUUUUAUUCCUUAAUAGUUAAACCAUUCUCCUCAGAGAGGGGUGAACUCUCAUCAUCUGUUGAUACUAAGUCUCUUUUUGUUUGAUCUUUUUUUAAUCCCUGAUCCCUAUUGUCAUUCCUCUCCCUGACCCAGGCAUACACGUUAAUGUGUUCAGUAUGUGUUUGGAUAUAUAUGUAUCUUUGAAAAUAUAAAUAAUUAUGUACUUAUGUGUUUUAAUAUAUAUAAAUAGUAAGCCAGCCUUUAUAAUGAAUUGCCCCAUAUUACAGUAAUUUAACACAAUAAAGAUUUAUUUUUCACUUACACAGGAGCACAGGUAUUCUUGGUUGUACGGCUCUCCUUCACUGCCCAUUUCAGGUCCCAGGCUUCUUCCAUUUUCAGGUGGUGAUAGCCUGAUCCUGCAUCAUAAAGUUCCCUGUCAGCUUUUCACCAAAUUGUUUUACCGUCCAUUAAUGACCAUUUUAUUAAUUGGUUAUUUCACUAGCAAUUACAAAAUGAUGAUUUCCUAAUGUUAUUAUUUUUUCUUUUAUUCUAAUUUUGUACAGAAAAACAUUUCCACAUCCUCCAGGACCAUCUGGUUACCCUGAAAUAAAGUUCAGACCAGAAUGGCAAGAUAAAUGCUUAAAUCUCUUCCCUUAUUUAUCCCUUUCAAAGUAGUAAGUUGAUGUCCUAGCAACUUGGUGUUUAAUGAUUUUGUUUUGUUUCACUUUCUCUUUAAAUUAUUGUUGUGGGGCUUCCCUGGUGGCGCAGUGGUUGAGAGUCCGCCUGCCGAUGCAGGGGACACGGGUUCGUGCCCCAGUCCAGGAAGAUCCCACAUGCCGCGGAGCGGCUGGGCCCGUGAGCCAUGGCCGCUGAGCCUGCGCGUCCGGAGCCUGUGCUCCGUAACGGGAGAGGCCACAACAGUGAGAGGCCCGCGUACAGAAAAUAAAUAAAUAAAUUAUUGUUGUGAACUUAUAGCUUUUAUUUAUUUAAUGUCUUUUAAUCAUUUGUAGUUAUUUUUGUUUUAUAUUAUAAAAAAUCUUGAGUGUAAACAAUAGUAGAGAACAUAGUAUAAUGAAUUUCCAUGCAUCCAUCACCCAGCUUCAGUAAUUAUCAACUCUGGCCAAUCUUGGUUUAUUUAUUCCCUCAGCUACUCUCCCCCUAACCAAGAUUAUUUUGAAGCAAAACUAGAUAUGAUUCCAGUUCAUUUGUAAUGUUUUAGUUUGUACCUCUAAAAGAUAAGGAAUUUUAUUACCAUUAUGGCACCUAAAAUUAGUAAUUCCUCAAUAUAAUAAAAUAUAACUAUUCAAUUUUCUGAUAAAUUUUUUUUUUAAUUUAGUAUCAGGAUUAUGCUGGCCUCUUAAAAGAAGUUAGAAUUGUUUCCUCCUUCUUUGUCUUCUGAAAGCAUCUGUGUAAGAUUGGUAGCAUUGUUCAGUAUUUGAUAGAAUUCAUCGGUGAAAUAAUACGGGCUUGGAGUUUUCCUUGUGGGGGAGGUUUUUGAUAACAAAUUCAAUUUCUGUGAUACAUAUAGAGCUAUUCCAACUUUUAAUUUCAUUUUGAGUUAGUUUUGGUAAGUUGUGUUUUUCAAAGAAUUUGUUUCAAUUAAGUUGUUGAAUUUAUUGGCAUGAAUUUGUUCAUAAUACUGCCUUACUAUUCUUUUUUUUUUUUUGUACAUGGAUCAUCAAAAAAUAUGGAACGCUUCACCAAUUUGUGUGUCAUCCUUGUGCAGGGGCCAUGCUAAUCUUCUCUGUAUCGUUCCAAUUUUAGUAUAUGUGCUGCCGAAGUGAGCACCUUGCUAUUCUUUUAAAAAG